AUGCUCGAGCGGUCCCAGAUGUCUCCCGGGCGCAUGUGCCAUGCAGGCCUGAGGACGGCGGCGCAACCGCCCGAGACAGGCACGCCAGAGAGCCCACAGCGGACCCAGCAGGCGGACCAUCCAUGGCGAUACCCCCGUAGCUCCCCCAUUGUCGCACCCGUCAAGUUGGACAACGCCGACGCUGCGGUGCCUGGACUCCCAAGCCUCGAGGCUUUUUCCUGGUAUUCGUCUGGUCUCCCUUCGGGCUCUCCUUCUCCUGAACUCCUGAACAGAACACGCAGCCUGUCAACACCUGUCAACAUGAACGAUUCUGUCGGCUCCACACCCAGUCGCCUCUUGUUCCACAAUCCAGGGCCGCAGCAAACGAGACAGACGCGAUCGAACUGGCAAUUGGAAACGGCCAAUGGAAGCAGAACGCCCCCCGAGACCGACCUGUGCUGCGCUAGGGCCGGUCUGCUCACGCUGAUCCCUCGGCGCCGCACGCACUGUGACUCCCUGUUGUCCAACUCGAAAUCCUAG